UAAACUGGUGGAACGAUCCUCUUUUAUAAGUUUUAAGAAAAAUCUAGUCUAUAUUUAUUUAAUAAUUGUAUAUUAUUCUUUUAAAUUUUAAUAUAAUAUAAAGACGAACAAUGCCACCUACGACUUCUUGGCUGUCUAACAGAAAUUUUGGAGUUGUCAUAGACGCUGGCAGUUCUGGUUCAAGAGUACAAAUUUAUUCUUGGAAAGAACAUGGAUUUGUUAGACAAGGAAAAAAUGAAAGUGAGCUUCACAUCUUGCCAAGAAUUGAACGAGGAGAUGAGUUUGGACUUAAAUGGCAAUUAAAGGUUGAACCGGGGAUAUCUACAUUUGCAUUAAAUCCAACGGAAGUGGGAGAAUUACAUUUGAAAAGAUUAUUAGAUUUUACAUUACAGGUGGUACCAACAGAUGAAGUAUCACAGACACCAAUAUAUUUAUUAUCUACUGCUGGAAUGCGUUUAUUACCAUCAUCUCAACAACAAGCAAUUCUUCAAAAUGCGUGUGAUUACAUAAUGUUUAAUUAUCUUUUCAAAAUUGACAAAUGUUCAGAUCAUGUGCAAGUAAUAUCAGGAGAAUGGGAAGGAAUAUAUGGGUGGAUAGCAAUUAAUUAUCUAAUGAGUGGAUUUGAAAAUGACAGUGGAAAUGAACAUAUUCAACCACAGCACAUUAGUAGUGAAAGUGAUGAUUCUGAGACAAUUAAACAUACCACAACUUACGGAUUCUUAGACAUGGGAGGUGCUAGUACACAAAUAGCUUUUGAACCAAAUUCAUUGGAAUCAAAAAAACAUGCGGAUGAUUUAACUAAAGUUACAUUAUAUACUUUAGAUGGAAAAAGAAUGGACUAUAAUAUAUUUGUCACAACAUUUUUAGGAUUUGGAACAAAUGAAGCAAGACGUCGAUAUAUAGAAGAACAAACUCGAAAAUACAUGGCAACACAUGAACAGAUUGCUAAUCCAGAAUCCUCUCGUGAACAGCCAACUAUUCUAAUUAAAGACCCUUGCUUACCUAUUGAUUUAUUUCUUACAGAUACAUCACUUCCACCCCCUUAUUAUACCCUUCAAGGGACAGGUUCUUUUAAUCAAUGUCUUGAACUUACAUACCCUUUAUUAAAUAAAACUGCUUCCUGUUUAGACGAUCCUUGUUUAUUUAAUGGUGUUCACACUCCAAACAUUGAUUUUUCUGUUAAUCAUUUCAUAGGCAUAUCAGAAUAUUGGUAUUCUUCUCAAGAUGUUUUUGGAUUGGGUGGAAUUUGGAAUUUCUCGGAAUUUGAGAGGAAAGCGAAUGAUUAUUGUGCGAGGGAAUGGGAUAAAAUAGUUGAUGAUUUUUAUAAGAAAAAUGUAUGGAGUAAAGAUAUAGAUUUAACAAGAUUGGAAAUGCAAUGUUUUAAGGCAGCAUGGAUAGUAAACGUGUUGCAUGAAGGUAUUGGAGUUCCAAAGACAAUUGAUGAUCAUGUGAUCAAUUCUGAUAACAAAGUAAUAGAUAAAGUAAGGAAAGCUCCACCUUUUCAAAGUAUUAAUAAUAUUAAUGAUGUACAAGUUAGUUGGACUUUAGGAAAAAUGGUUAUGGAGGCAUCAGGUACAAUUCCUUUAUUAUGGGGUCCACACCCACAUCCUCCUCCUCAACCUCAAGGUCAUGGCUUAUUUGGAUAUUAUAAUUACUUAGUAGAAUGGAUGAUUGGAAUUUCAGUUUUAGCUAUGUUAUUAAUUUUUAUUUGGUUUACAUGUUUACGCAAGAAUGGGCUUGGAAAGGGAAGAAGAAUGAGUAUUGGAUUUCUACAUUUUUUAUCAUCAAUGCGAAGAGGGGCGAGAGAUGGAGGACCAGAUUAUGGGAGAUUGGAAGGAGGUCAAUAUCCUUCUGCAGGUUUCUCUUCAUGGCGUAUUGUGAACAAUUUUAAUAGAAUUAUAAGUUAUUUUAGAUGGAAACUUCUUCAAUUAACAUCACCAUUUCGAAAAUUUUUCACUAAAAAAGGAGCAGAUUCGAGCGAAGAUGUAUCAUUAACUGUAUCAUCAGGUGAUGAUGAAGAAGAAAUGAAACACUUUCGGCAAGCACCAUCUGUUGAUGUUAGCUCAAACUCAGUAAUUACAAUUACUGAAACACCUGCUACACCUGUUAUAGAAAAAGGAUCAUCACCUACAGAACAAACAUUACAAUUUCCACCUUAUGGAUUCCCUUCAACGCGUUACAAAAAACGGCUAAGUGGGGAUAGUGUAAUACCUAAUGAAGUUAUUGAUAAAGGAUUCUCAACACCAAUUAAUUUAUCGUUAACUGGAUUACAAUCAAGAAAUAGUAGCUUUACAAAUCUUGGAAAAUUUAAGGAUCGUACAGGGAUUAAUGCUAAUGCUAGUAGUAUAAGUUUAGGUGGGCAACCAGGUUCAAAUAAUGGAGGAUAUCUUAAUGAUUCUGGAAUGUCCCUAUCAAGUAAUACUAGUCCAAAUUAUUCUCUAGGACGUGGAUCAAAAUCAACUACGAAUUUAGGAUGGAUAGAAGAUGAGCAUGAUGAUAAAGUCGUUGAAUAUGAAAUUACGGAUUCAAUAUUAUCGAAAAGUCCUACAUCUUCUACUGAACAAUCAAGAUAUCAAACAUCAUCAUCCACAAGACCAUUUAAUUUCCCAUCAUUUCCAAUUUCAACAUCACCUAGAAACACUACGUUACCUACAAUUAACACUAAUUUAAACCCUAAUAAUAAUUCGUCUACUGAUAUGUCAUCGGCAUCAAGUGUAAUAUCAGGAACUACAGGAUUAAGUAGACCAAGUAGUCGAGCAGGAAGGAAUUUAAGUAUAGAUAAAACUAAUAGAUUAUCUGGUUCUACUUUGAGCGAAUUAUAAAAAAAAGUAGGUUAGUUAUACUAAUAUUUUAUUUUAUAGAAAAUAAUAUAAAUAUUAAAUAUAUGUAUAUUUUCAGGUGUGAAUAUCACUCAUAAUCAUCAUUUCCUAAUUAGA